GAACCCCCCCCCCCGCCUCACUGCCAUCCAUUGCCAUCACCGCCGCCACCACCGCCACCACGAGCACCAUCACCACCACCAACUAAAGCACGAGCCCAGGCGUCGGCUCGCGUCGCCGCGAUGGCCAUCACAGCCGAGGCGCUCAAGGAGAAGUUGGAGAAGGAGCUCGACGCCUCCUACGUGGAGGUGGAUGACAUCUCGCCCACGAUGUGCGGUGCGAGCUUUAAGGUGCUCGUCGUAUCGGCAAAGUUUGAGGGCAAGCCGCUGCUGCAGAGGCACAGGCUGGUGAACGCGGCACUUGUGGAGGAGCUCAAGGAGAUCCACGCGUUCCAGCAGAAGACGCUGACGCCAGAGCAGUGGCAGAAGGAGAAGACGCCCCAGUGACGGCGCUGCAAAGGCCGCCCCCAUCAUCCCUAACCCCCUCCCCGCUCCUACAGCGCCGACCCAGCCUCGACUGACGGACAGGGCCCCAGGCUCAUCAACCAAUGCGCAGCAGCAGUUCGUGCGAGCAAUGCCCUUUGUGGUUAUAAAUCACGACAGUGACUACUGACGGGAAGGAUCCUUUGCAAUACUCCCCAAAACCGUGGCUACCUUGGAAACCACCGCUCAUAACAUGACCAUGAAGGAUGCAUCAUCGUAAGCCGUAUUUCCACGAGAAUCUGCAGUGACUACGCAAUCCUCUGUAACACCACAAUGGAGAGACGGGCUCCUUUUUAACCCUACAAAGUUAGUCCAGAAACGGGCUACUGUGUGGUCGGCAGAAUCACACCUCGUAAUGAAGCCCCCAAAGCGGCUCGUCACGCUCUCCGACCUCCCACGACAGGUUCUCUUCUAAGCCUACAGUUAAUCCAGAAACAUUCCCCAUUGUCAACCACCACAAAUGGCAUUAUCAAGGCCCCAUUACCACUUCCGGUGGUUACUGAGAGCGGUGGUGGAAUCGUUAUUGUGCAUUGCUGCAUGAAGAACCCGGUGAACCGAAUUCACUUCUCAACCACAACGAAGAUCAGUGGUGAUAUCUGAACGGGUCCUGGGUUCUACCUGCUCCCAACCUUCCCAGCCUCACCUGCACUGACCAGUGUGGUGAAGUAUGGUCAAACAACUUCCAUUUCUGGCACGGUUUGGGGAGGCCUUCAUCCAGCAGUGGAUUAACAUUGGGCUGUAAAUGAUUAUUGAUAACAAAAUUGAGCUCGAUUGUAAAACGAAUAACCAUGAAAAGAAGCCCCACUUAAUGAUGCUAUGGUGAAUUAAAAUCAAGCCAUCUUGUCAAAUAGCAAUAACAGCACCAGACCUCGUGACUCACACCAACCCUCAUUGCCAUUCCACUUGCCUUGGGAGUGCGUACACACGUGCAGUGUAUAAGAUAGGCUGACGUAAGGAAUUGAUUGAAAACUUUUUUAUUCAAUUAGUCAAUGGUUUGCGUUGUUACGUUAAUAAACAUAUCAUCGCUG